AUGAGUUAAAACAGGGUAAAUGGACUGAAUUAUUUGAAAAUUAUUGUAGGUAUAAUAUUGUUACUAUAAGUAAGCUUUGCUCGUCUUUAUUACAUAGGAGAAUUUUUAAAUGGAAUUAAGAGAGGAAAAUGGUUGAUGGUGUUAUAAUGUAAUUAAAUAUAAGAUCAUUUUUUAGUUGUGAAGGGUCUUAUGAUGAUAAAGGAUAUAAGACUGGAUAUUGGACUGAAUUACAUGACAAAAUUUCUAUGUAUUAUUUGUAAAUAAAAUGGUUUUAGUCACAAUCAAACAAUUUUUAGGGGUUAAUUUGAAAAAGGUCGUAAAAUCAAUAGAUGGGAUGCAAUUCAAAAUUUUACAAAAAUGUAUAUAUCUAUCAAAUAACCUACUUUAGAGCAGGUGGGUAUUAUGAUUAAAAGGGUUUUAAAUAAGGUUAGUGGGAAGAAUUGUGCCAGAGAUUUUCAAAGUAUUUUAUUAUAUACUUAAACAGUUACCCAUAUUUUUGAAUAUGGAGAAUAUAAGGAUGAUUUUAGGAUAGGAAAAUGGUUAAUUAUAAAGGAUGAUUCUAUAAUGUAAGUAAAUCUACAAAAACUUAAAGUGGCUCAAAUGUUUAUGAUAAAAAUGGCUUGA